UAAACGACUUUUUCUUCCAGCCGGUGUCCCUGCUCGGUGCAAUGUGAGCGGACCGCACCGUGACUAUUUGUCCGUUAUCUUCAAUGUGGUUGAGACCGCAGCGCACGUCGGUGCGGCAGCGCGCGCGGCUGCUGCGUUCACCGGAUCCGGGAAGACAAUAGAUGAAAAAUACACGCCGGCCUAGACUCACAAACACCCCACAGAAGCAGUCUGCGGCUUGACCAGUGAGCGUGUGAGGAAUCGGCUCAGGCAGACAAGUAGCUGCUCAGGAUGGUGGCCGUAGUGAACUACUCUCCACCUUGGUGGGUGAAUCUGCUCCAUCGGCUGCCUCACUUCAACAUCGAGUUCCAGCUGGUGAGCAGUGACUUUCGACCGGAGGAUACUGAAUAUCAAGAGUCUGUGUUGCUCCUCGGUGCUGUGGCCUUGGUGUGUCUGGCUCUGGACCUCCUCUUCCUUCUGUUCUACUUGUUUUGGCUGUGCUGCCGCCGACGCAAGAACGAUGAAUCCUCGCACUCCCACAUGCACUCCCAGCAGCCCAGCGCCGACUGCUGCUGCACCGCCUGGUGUGUCAUCAUCGCCACGCUUGUCUGCAGCGCUGGCAUUGCUGUAGGAUUUUAUGGGAACGGGGAGUCAAGCGAUGGAGCCAAUCGCGUGGCAUACUCCCUCCGUCAUGCCAACCGCACCGUGUCUGGGGUGGAGAAACUGGUGUCCGACAGUGCUCUAGCCUUAAACCAGACAGUGGAGGAGAACCUGGUCCAGUUGGAAACGGUGUACCAGGAGCAGACGGACUACGUGUCCAUUGUCCAAAAGCUGCAGGGUCAGCUGGAUGAGCUGGUGAGGCUGAUGGUGGAUGUUCCAUUCUGGUCCAAUACUGACAUUUCCCUGGAGGACUUAGCCCGUAAGACAGAGGCCUUUGACUUUUACAGGUGGUUGGGGUACCUGACCCUGCUGCUGUUUAACGUACUCAUUUGUCUACUGGUGCUCUUCGGCCUCAUACGUAAUUCUCGAGGCACUUUAAUUGGUGUGUGUCUGAUGGGCGUUCUGACUCUGAUCAUCAGUUGGGGUUCUCUUGGUCUGGAACUAGCUGUCGCUGCUUCUGCCAGUGACUUCUGCAUUUCCCCGGAUACCUACAUCUCCAGGGUAACCAAGGAGAAUGCUGUCAUCAACCAAGAUAUCUUACAGUAUUACCUGAGGUGCAGUUCUGGACAUAUUAACCCCUUCCAACAGCGUUUGUCGGGGAGCCAUAAAGCUUUGGUGGAGAUGCAGGAUGAUGUGGCAGAGCUAUUGAGAUCAGCAACGCGCGACUAUUCCAACACCAAGGGAACUCUUGAGCAAAUCCAGUCUGUGCUGAAUUCUACUGAAGUCGGACUUCACCAGCUGACAGCACUGGUCGACUGCCGCAGCCUGCACAUGGACUAUGUCCAGGCGUUGACAGGGCUGUGUUACGACGGUGUGGAGGGUCUCAUCUACCUGGUGCUCUUCUCCUUCGUCACCGCCCUCAUGUUCUCCUCCAUCGUGUGCAGCGUUCCACAUACUUGGCCUGGGAAGAGGACGGACGAGGAAGACGGCGAGGACGAGUCGGGCGCCUCACGGGGUGGUGUACACGAUAACCUCUACCGCGUUCACAUGCCCAGUCUCUACAGCUGUGGCUCCAGCUACGGUAGUGAAGCUAGCCUACCCGCUACAGCCCACACUGUCAGCAAUGCCCCCGUCACUGAAUACAUGAGCCAGAAUGCAAACUUUCAGAACCCGCGGUGUGAGAACACCCCCCUGAUUGGCAGGGAGUCCCCUCCACCCUCUUACACCUCCAGUAUGAGAGCUAAAUACCUGGCUACCAACCGACCAGACCAGAACCGACGCUCCGUUCCAAACGACCAACUGGACCCAGCGAGUCGGCCUCACCCCACCGCCCGACCACAAUCCUCAGUCCACUAGAGGCCAGAGUCGCACCAGUCUGCCCAGUACUGCCUGAAUCCAGUUUUCACCGCCAACAAUAGGACCCAACGUGGCGCUCCCAACAAGAUGCCAAUUUGUCGAGGUCCACUGAAUUUCACCCACAAAACGACCCAGAACUCAACAACCAAUCACCUCAGC